CCCCGAGUCCGCCGCCGCCGCCGCCGCCGCCCACCUCCCUUCUUCUCCCAAACAUUCAACCCUAGUCUCCGGCGAUGGCUCCGAAGCGCGCAGCGAAGAAGCCGGCGCCCCCGCCACCGCCUCCACCUCCGGUUGCUUCCUCUGAUGAGGAGAGCGACUCCCGCUCGCGCUCCGAAGAGUCGGACGACGAAGACGCCAUCGCCGAGUCCCCUCCCCCCGCCCCCACCCCCACCCCCAAGAACACGCCUGCGCCCCCGCAGGAGGGCGAGGAGGAGGAGGAGGAAGAGUCUGACGAGGAGGAAGAGGAGGAGGAGGAGGAGUCCGAUGAGGAGCCCGCCCACGCGGCCCCCGCCCCCAAGAAGAAUCCGCCUCCGCCGCCCCAACAGAGAAAGGGCUCCGACACUUCCGACGAGGAGGAGGAAGAUGAGGAGGAGCCCACCAAGGCGGCCCCUCGGUCCGCCCCGAAGAAACAGCCUCCACCGCCGCCGCAACAGAAGCAGGAAUCCGAUGCCUCCGAAGAGGAAGAAGAGGAAGGUGAGUCCGAAGAGGAGGCGCCGCCGCCGAAGCCGAUGCUUGCUCUAAAGCAGGCGCCAGAGGAAGAAGAGGAAGAUGAGUCCGAAGAGGAGGCGCCGCCGCCGAAGCCGGUGCUUGCUUUAAAGCAGGCGCCAGAGGGCCUGAAGCCCCCGGCGGCGGCCGAGACCAAGAAGCCGGCCGCUUUCAGCCGCAUCUGGUCCACCGACGACGAGGUCCGUAUCCUCGAGGCCCUCGCCGCCCACCAAAAGCAGCACGGCACCCUGCCGCAGCCGGAUGCCCUCGUGGACGCCCUUGCAGGAAAGCUCGACAACCGUGCCUACGGCAGCAAGGAGCUCCAGAGUAAGGUCGCAACCCUGAAGCGUCGGUACCUCGCGCUCAGCAAGAAGGGCGAGGUCCCGAGCAAGGAGCACGACCGCCGGGUACUGGACCUUUCCAAGAUCGUCUGGGGCGGCGGCGACAUGUUCACCGCGGCAGCUGCCUCUGCGAAGGCGGCUGCGAAUGACCACACGCGCAAGGGGUUCGAGGAGAUGUGCACGCUGUACCCGUACCUAGCGGACCAGGUGAAGGAGCUGGAUGCCGCGAGCCCAGGCAUUUUCAAGAGGCAGUUCGGGAUGAUGGACGACGACAAGGCGCGCUCCAUGGACGAGAAGAUCAAGAAGCAGAGGGUGGCGCAGAUGAAGGUGGAGCUUCGCCGCCACGACCUGGCCAGAGAGGUGACCAAGGCGAUCAUCGACCUGGUCGACUGACGGGACCCUGGUGAGCUUACGAGGUACAACCUGAAACCGUAUCUUUGAUCGCCUGAAAUUGGUGCGAUGGAAUGUGGCGAUGUGGUGUAGCAAGAAGGUUUCUGAAACCAUGAGCUAUAAUCUGCAGAUUUAGGCUCGCUCGAUGCAUGAGACAUAUGGUGGGACUGCAUAUUGUGCCUGGCGUUGUAAGAAUGUUUUUUUGCGUGUGACCAGAGCAUCCUAGAAUUAGGAAAUUAGGGUGUCUUUAUUUAUGGUGCAAGCAUGAUGAGACAUGUGCUGGAACUGCAAAUUGUGCUUGUGGAUUAAGAAUGUUGUCCUGUGUGGCUAGAAAAGUACGCAGGUGGUGCAUGAAAUGGUCGCUGAAUGUGUAGUUGGUUCAGUAAAGUUGUUCUGUUCUUCCUUUUGA